ACGACCUGUCAGUCCACUGCAGUGCCUCCAGCCACUGGUCUACACAGUUGGGCUACCAGUCUGCAGAAAGCCCACUUGUCUCACACACCAGGGAAGUGUCAAAGAUGCCUGCUCAAAGUUUACCGCUGGCCGACACAGCUUUUCACAUGAGGCUGUUGCAGCAGUACUUAAGCUUGCUGAGGCAAUACCCAAUCAUCACCAAGUCUGUGACCAGUGCCACACUGUCAGCCUUCGGCAACCUUUUGUCCCAAGGCUUGGAAGCAAGAAAAAAGACCAAAGAAGGUGUUCCAGUCAAAGACUUUAAUCAUCUAGGACUAUUCCAUUAUGCUCUUUAUGGAUUGUGUGUGACAGGUCCUGUCAGCCACUACUUCUACCAGCUGUUAGAGGAGCUGUUGCCUGCCUCUGUGCCAUUCUCCAUGAUUAAGAGACUCCUCUUGGACCGCCUCGUCUUCGCUCCAGCCUUCCUGCUGCUUUUCUUCUCUGUAAUGACAGUUUUGGAGGGCAAGACGAUGCAGGACCUGAAGGAUAAGUUGCUGAGGGGUUAUUGGACUGCACUCAAGAUGAACUGGAGAAUAUGGACUCCGUUCCAAUUCCUUAACAUCAACUUUGUACCUGUGCAAUUCCGAGUGCUCUUUGCCAAUGUGGUAGCGUUGUUCUGGUAUGCAUACUUGGCCUCUGUAAGGCAGUGAGUGUGGUAGCCUUGUUAAGGUAUGCAUACUUGGCCACUUCCUUCCUUCUUCUUCUGAUCACCAGUCUGCCCUCUACCUUGUAUUAUUGGAAUUGCUUAUUUAGUGCCAAGGGUUUUCUUUUGAAGAAUAUUGAAACUGAUCCAUUGCUUCACACAGUUCUAUCUUAUGAAAUGUACAAUAAUAUGCUCAACAGUAUGACUCAAAUAAUGUUACUCAAAGGAAAUUAUAUAAUUUUAUGUACACUUUGUCAGAAAACAUGCAAUAAAUGAGUUCCGCAUAACACUGACAUGUAUGGAUAUGUUGUUUAAAGUUAAAAUAAUAAAGCCUGUGCAUUGACUUCAUAUCUUUAGAAUGUUUUUAUACUGUAUAUAAUGUCAUUCUUAUGAUUUCAGUAAAUGUCUUAUUGCAUGUUUUCCUUACUACAUACUGACAUUAUCUUGUGGACAUGUUUUAGGGAGGGCCAACCAUGUAGCUGAGCAUAAGUAUGAGCACCAAUGUUCCAUAAGGGUAACACCAAAAUGUAGUUUAUACCUGAAAAACAGCAUGUGAUUAAAAGGAAUUGGAACAGUAUUGGAAAACUA